UUUCUGCCCUUUUCUCACUGUAUCCUAAUAAGGUAAACAAUAUUGAAGGUAAAAGCUACACAGUAGGCCGUUGCAUAUGAGCUUGGGUCAUUUUACUCUCUUUUAGCUUACUAGGCAAGAUGGUGUUGAAGGGUGGCUCAGUAAGUCUACCGAUCAUCAUAUCGACAGACUCAACAAAGCCAAACCCAGACACACGCAAGUUUAUCAGAAGCCAUGUCAUGCUGGGCAAGAACCGGGGGAGGUUCCGACGCUCGGGGCCUGAGGAACUAACGGAUUUCGAACGCGACAAGUGUCGGAAUGAAAGAAAUAGAGCUUUACAGAAGCGGUCUACUCGAUUAGUUGAGAAGCCACAUCCUAUUAUCCCAAAAAGGGUUGGCUCAGAUGCAUCUCUGCUACAAUUUGCUGACUCGAUCGAGCCGUUGUUGGCUGCGAAUAUCCUGAGAUUUGGGACGAUGUCCAAGAAGGUUCUAUUCGCUCUAGAGAGGUGCAUUGACUUCAAUAAGAAAGAGCAGUGGCAUGAUCUGUUGAUAGUGGACCCCGUCUAUCUUCAUGCCAUGGCAUUUAUAACUCAGUACUUCUUUGACGGACUCACCAGUCAACAACUCACAAACAGUACGAACAGGCCAACAUCACCUCACUUUGUAAAGACACUCCAACUUCUUCGUGUGAGACUAUCACUUCCAGAUGAACAAGUGAAGCCGUCGAUUGCCACCAUAAUGGUGGUUUUAUUCUUAGCAAUACAUGCCCAUAUUACCGGAAAUAUUGAAUUCGCUAGACAUCAUCUAAAUGGUCUCUAUAAACUAGUGAACUUACGAGGUGGCGUCACUAAAUUCACUGACGAUGUCAAACUGAGAACCGAAAUCUACCGGUGCGACCUGUCAGUUGCAGUGCGAUGUUGCACAUCACCGCUGUUCUUUGACGCCCUACUAGUGGACAUGAUCCCUUAUCCGCUAAUCAUAGACUCGGCGCGAUUCCUUGAAGACACAGACGCCACUCUAGCUAGAACUUGGGAUACCAUGAAGGGCUUUUGUCUCCUUGUCAACACCGCCACCGCAACGCAACAAAGGCUUCCCAUAGAGAUACUCUCGGAGACAAUGACCUUGGUCAUGUACCGCCUCCUCCUGAUGGAGUUUGAACCAGGUUCCAUUGCUGAAGCUAUCCGCCUUGGCCUUCUAGCCUUUUCUUCCCACGUCUUCUUGCAGUGGCAGGGCGUCCAAUGGUCUUAUGAUCAGCUAUCUAUUAUUUACAAAAACUGUCUGUUGUCCUUGAAGUCUUUGAAUGGUAUUUCGUCUCAUAUUAUGCUCUGGCUGUUGAUGGUUGGUGAAAUCUCAGUUUUCCGUCAAUGCGACGAUCAGUGGUUGAAGCGUUGGUUACGAGCUAAUAUCCAACUGUGCAAUAUAAACUCAUGGUCAGAGAUGCGGGAUAUUAUGGAGUCAUUUAUGUGGGUCGAUGUGUUAUAUGAUCAGGCUGGGAAGGAUGUCUUCGAGUCAACAUUGUCACCACUGUCCCCGGAGGUGUAUCAUACUGAUCUAUGAACCAAUAUUAUUACUGGAACUC